AUGGGGGCAAACACCUCCAGCAAGUCACCACCCUUUGAUGGGAAUGAAGAUGUUACCUUCGACCAUUUUGAGAUUUUGAGAGCUAUUGGGAAGGGCAGCUUUGGAAAAGUCUGUGUGGUGCAGAAGACUGACACCAAGAAGAUGUAUGCCAUGAAAUACAUGAACAAACAGAAGUGUGUGGAGCGUAAUGAAGUGAGAAAUGUUUUCAAGGAACUGCAGAUUAUGCAGGGCCUGGAGCACCCCUUUUUGGUUAAUUUAUGGUACUCAUUCCAGGAUGAAGAGGAUAUGUUCAUGGUGGUCGACCUGCUUCUUGGAGGGGACCUGCGCUACCAUCUCCAACAAAAUGUGCGGUUCCAAGAGGGAACUGUGAAACUCUUCAUCUGUGAGCUGGUGCUGGCCCUUGACUACUUGCAGAGCAGGCACAUCAUCCACAGAGAUAUCAAGCCCGACAACAUUUUGCUGGAUGAGCAUGGACACGUGCACAUCACGGAUUUCAAUAUUGCCACAACAUUGACGAGGGACAGCCCUGUCACCACCAUUGCUGGCACAAAGCCUUACAUGGCACCUGAAAUGUUUAGCUCCACAAAACCCACCAGCUACUCCUUUGCCGUGGACUGGUGGUCCCUGGGAGUCACUGCCUACGAGCUGCUCAGAACUCGGAGGCCAUACCACAUUCGGUCCAGCACCUCGGCAGAUGAAAUCGCUCACGUGCUCAGGACAGCUGCAGUGAUGUACCCGGCCGCGUGGUCCCCGGACAUGGUGGCACUGAUCAGGAAGUUGCUCGAGCUGAACCCCAAGAAACGUUUUUCUCAGCUGAAGGACAUCCAGUCCUUCCCCUAUCUAUCUGAUGUCAACUGGGAUGCUGUUCUCCAGAAAAGAAUAAUGCCAGAAUUCAUUCCCAUGAAAGGCAGACUGAACUGUGACCCAGCCUUUGAACUGGAAGAAAUGAUCCUGGAAUCCAAACCUCUUCACAAAAAAAAAAAACGAUUGGCUAAGAAGGAGAAAGAUACAAGGAAAUGCAAUUCAUCCCAGGCCAGUCACCUCCAGAAGCACCUGGAAAUGCUCCAGAGGGACUUCAUUGUUUUCAACAGAGAAAAGGUAAGACCCCGCUGUGACAGCAUGCAAGAGACCAUGACAGAAAGUGGAGGCCCACACAGGGAGGACAAUCAGAACAACAACCUCUGA